AUGGAUCGUUGCACUCGGGUGGUGGGUCUCAGAUUCCAUCCGUCCGAUCAAGAGUUGAUCGGACACUUUCUUUUCAUCAAGAACAACCCCAAUUCGGUGCCGGAGAUGAGAUCCUCGUUUUUGCGGGAGUUUGAUAUGUACGGUGAGGUAGAGCCGUGGACGAUUUGGGAAGCCAAUGGGGGACCGCUUCUCGAUGACCAGGAUCUCUUCUUCUUCACUCGCCUUAAGAAGCACAAGAACCGAAUCAAUCGAAGAAUUGGAUCCGGUACUUGGAGCCAAGGCGAGAACUACAAACCAGUUUAUGCCAAAAACAACCAAGAAACCCCAAUUGGGAAAAAGACCAAACUGAGGUAUGAGAACAAAGAGGUGCCGGAGCAAAGCGGUUGUUGGUUCAUGGAUGAGUACAGCGCUGUUGAUGAUGGUGAUUAUGUGAUUUGCCGACUCCGAGAGAACCCUAGCAAGAGACCAUCACCACCAUCAUCAAAGCCUAGUGAUAAAAAGAGGAAGUGUCAACAUGAUCCAGAGCCUAGCAAAAAGCCCAAGUCGACAACCAAUGAGGCUAGAAAGACCGUGUCUUUGAAUCAGAGGCCUAAUCCUGAGACGCAAUUCGACACUAUGGAAAUGUUCCAUCAUGAUCAGGAAUAUGAGACUCAACAAUAUUUGUUGUUAGAGGGUACUGGAUUGGAGGAAGUACAAAGGGAUGUAUUAGCCCCUGCCGUUUCAGAACAACAACACACAUGUUCAUCAUCAUUCGCGCUGCUCAAUACUACCAACGACGUGUUUGGGUCUGAAAAUGACAGUGGAAAUGCGCAGUUAGAGGAUACUGAUUGGCUUGGUGAUGCAUUGGAGGAUGUAGAAGGGGAUUCAUUAUUUCCUGCCCUCUCAGAACAACAAACAUCAUUCAUGUCACAGAUGCAGGACAUUCCUUCUCAAGAAAACAUCAUUGAGUCUCAUAUUCAGUCACCACAUUUGCCUCCCAUCGGAUCAGAAUCGCAACAACCAGCAGAUCAAACUGGGUUGGUUAUUAGCGAUCCACAAGUCAGUACCAAUGAAGAAUUCAGUUUUGCUUAUGAUAAUUUCAGUGUUCCAAUGGAUCCAGCCUACAAUAUUAACUCUGAUGAAUUCAGCAACUACAACUUUGGCGAUGAGUUCUUGUCGGGAGGGGAUGACAUUGGUACAGCAGAUAUACUACAAGGAUCAAUAUCAUUUUCAGAGCUUCUUGAAGAUCAGAAUCAUGAACUCUCGACAGCUCUCGACCAAAAACACAAAACCUCACAAAACAUCUCGCCCACCCUCAUCUACCUCGACAUCUCUCCCAAAUUCACACACUCAACCCAAAACCUAGCAUCUCUCCUCUCUCAGCCUUCUCGGAGACGGCGACGAAGCUCUCGGCGAGCCCUAGCCUCUAUUUUGAUUUGUCUCUUUAGAGGUGACUACAAUAUGACUUGGAGCUUUGAUUUUCUGAAGAUAUUUCUCUCAAGAUGUAAGAAAGUUAAGCUGGGCAUGUUGCUAGUUGAUGGAUAAAGGCUUUGGAAAGUAAUUGGUUUCUUGCAGCUUGCAGAUGUAAGAAAGUUAAGCUGGGCUCUUUCGUAAGAUAUGUUAUUUCUUUUAUUGGUUAGCUGUGAAAGUAGGAUUUGAGGAUCUGUGGUAUUGUCAAUUCAUUUUGUAUGUGUGUAUAGUCAUACCAAAGUUUAUUUGUUCAUGCAUUUGUAUAUGCAAGCAUGUCUAUUGAAUUGUUCAAAACUUGGGAGCUAUGCAACAAUCUCUGGAAUGCAGAUACAAUCAAGUUGUCCCAUAGAGAUUUUAUUUUCUCUAUGUGUAAGAGAGAUUUAGUUGAGUCAUGCAAACAUGAAAGUGUCACAUAAAAUGCUCGAGCUAUUGUACCUACUGUGCACCCAUUCAGCAGCUUUCUCCAAAGAUAAGUCACUCUCUUUGUUGUCUGUUAUUCUGAAAAUUCAAAGCAUGCUAAACACAGGUAUAAUAUUUCUCAGCUUGGAUUCUUAUAAGCAUGCUUACAAAAGUAUAUGAAAGGCCAUGCUUCAGUGUUGAUAAACAUAGUUGCUAGA